AUGCGACCGAUGUUCUCGUCUUCUGUUGUUGCUAAAAUCGAGAGAGCUGUACAGGAAGUGGGAGGCACAACCGAUACGAAAGAAGAUUUGGCCUUUGUGACUUUACAGUCCAAACAAUGCAUAAAUUCCUGGAAACUAGACGUCAUCGAUGAGCUAGACGAAACUUCUGUCUUACUGGUCUUAGACUGGGCCAAGAAAUAUCUACCAAAGAAAUUUGGGGAGAGCCAAACAGAUCGGUUUGGUAAGAGAGGUCUGCCAUGGCAUAUCACGGUUGCGACGAGAGAGGGAAAUGAUGGCAAGAUUGAGAUGAUGACAUUUGUACACUUAUUUGAGACCUGUAACCAGGACAGUUCUGCAGUUCUUGCCAUACUUAACGACGUCUUUCGUUGACUGAAGGAUGUCAUGCCUCAUUUAUCUCAGACAAGACAACGCCGGGUGUUACCACUGCGCUUUAACCCUGAUUAUAGCCAGCAAAGUAGCAGAACUAAACAAUCUCUUCCUACGCAGAAUGGAUUUUUCAGAUCCCCAAGGAGGGAAGGGAUCUUGCGAUCGGGAAGCUGCAACGAUCAAAUCCCAUAUGGCCAUCCAUUUGAAUUCAGGCCACGAUAUAGAGUCGGCAUCUCAAAUGCAGGAGGCAAUAGAAUCAUUUGGGGGUGUCCCUGGAGUAAAAGCAGUGUUAUGCAGGCCUCCUUUGUCUUCCAUCAAAAAGCCACUGAAAUGGGAUGGUGUGAGCUUUGUCAACAACGUUCAGUAUGGCGAGGAAGGUGUGAGAGUAUGGAGAUCCUACAAAAUUGGAAGAGGCAAAUUCAUUCCUUGGAGCAAGUUUCCUGUUCCUGACCAGGACGAAGUU